UCUCCGUUCUGCGCACGCGCUCCCGGGAUUAAUGUCAAGGCACAAAAGUGGCGCUACACCGUUUCCAGCUCUACUCCGGUGGUUGCCUUAGCGAUGGAUGGGGACUCAGAACCAAACCCUGCCGUAGCAGAAGAGGCAGGGGAGCGGGUGGAGCCCAUGGAUGCCACUCCCUCCCCCAAGCCACCGACCACGCCCCCUUCAGAGGAAGCUGGGGAGGCAGUUUCCAUGGUAACAGAAGAAGAUGGAGCCACAAAGGAGGGCGGCACAGAGGACAAUGAUGAUGAUGACGUGGUCCUCGUCGGGGAGGAAGAUCCCCAGCCUUCUGCCCUCUCCCAGGACACGCCCAGCACUGACUGCCCAGAGCCAGCUGCCGCUGUAGCAGCUGUAGACCUGUCCACGGCAGAGGUGCCCUCCAUGACCCCCAGCUCUCCUGCGUCUUCCAGCACAGCCACGGCGGCAGCACCUCCUAAACCUGCAGCCACAGAAGCAGAGCCUAUUGUCAUUGACGACGAGGAGGACUCUGAGCAGAAAGACACCUCCUCACCAGCGCACCCUGGAGGCUCCUCAGAGUCCCACUCGCCAGGUGCACUCAGCAGCACUGAGCCAGAUUCAGAGAUCAGGAUCGCCAGCGUCACCACACUGGGCUCCAGCAGCCAGAAAGGAAGCUCCGCAGCUUCUGCAGUGAACACGUCGCCGCAUCCGGUGGACGGGCAGGAAGACAUGAACCUGAUGAUAACCUCGGUGACAUCACUGCAGGGCGGGGCGGCAGCAGCCACAGCGGCAGGUGAAGGCCAGGCAGAGGAAAAUGGUCUGCAGAUUAGUGGUGCAUUCAGCCUGAAUCCCGACACCCCAUCUGGUCGACCAACAGCCUCCUUUAACCCCGGGCGGGGCUCAGGCCCCAUGGGCCAGCUGGUACAGAACGGAGACACGGGGACGCACAACAGAGCAGACUCGUGGAUCUCUCAGUCAGCUUCAGUCCCCCGCAACCAAAAACAGACGGGAGUCGACUCUCCGUCACCUGCCACUUCCCUGCCUAAACCUCCAGGCCAGUCUUCCUCAUCUACUUCCUCCUCAGGCUCCCAGCCACAGCCCAGGACAGUCAAGGUGACGUGUGCCAACUGCAAAAAGCCUCUGAAGAAAGGCCAAACGGCCUACCAGCGUAAAGGCUCCACACACCUGUUCUGCUCCACCACCUGUCUCUCUGCCUUCUCACACAAACCCGCCCCCAAGAAGAGCUGCACCAUGUGCAAAAAGGACAUCACAAACAUGAAGGGCACCAUCGUGGCGCAGGUCGACUCCAGCGAGUCCUUCCAGGAGUUCUGCAGCACAGGCUGCCUCGGCGCAUACGAGAACAAGCAAAACCCGCCCAAAUCGGGCCUUAAAACCAAAUGUACUGUCUGUGGCAAGCUCACAGAGAUUCGCCACGAGGUUAGCUUUAAAACUGUGACCCAUAAGAUCUGCAGCGACACGUGUUUCAACGUGUACCGCCGGGCCAACGGGUUGAUCAUGAACUGCUGCGAGCAAUGUGGCGACUACCUGCCCAGUCGAGCGUCAGCCAACCACUUCCUGCUGGUCGACGGCCAACAGAAACGCUUCUGCUGCCAGAACUGCAUCAGGGAGUACAAGCAGGCACACAGUAAACUUGCGAGCUGUCUGACCUGCAAAACGCUGAUCAAGACGGGCGAGGUGCUGCACAGCCUCGGAGCGGGCGGCACCAUGGGCUCCUACUGCUCCGUCAACUGCAUGAACAAGGGCAAGCUGGCGUCGACCUCCUUCAUCAACACAGAGCCAACGUGUCACUUCUGUAAGAGGAACUCAUUACCGCAGUACCAGGCCACGCUGCCAGAGGGAAACAUCCUCAACUUCUGCAGCUCACAGUGUGUCACCAAGUUCCAGAACACAACAAUUCAGACGGCCACAAACGGACAGACGCCCCUCUCCACCACAAACAACGCCGUCCAGCUGAAAUGUAAUUACUGUCGAGGAGCAUUCAGCCUGAAGCCCGAAAUUCUGGAGUGGGAGGAGAAGGUCUACCAGUUCUGUAGUAAGACGUGCUGUGAGGACUACAAGAAGCUCCACUGCAUCGUGACGUUUUGUGAGUACUGCCAAGAGGAGAAGACGCUACACGAGAUGGUCAAGUUCUCGGGAGUCAAGAGACCUUUCUGCAGCGAAGGCUGUAAGCUGUUAUUUAAGCAGGAUUUCAUCAGGCGGUUGGGUCUGAAGUGUGUCAGCUGUAACCACUGCAACCAGCUCUGUAAGAGAGGUUUGACCCGGCAGCUCGGCGGCAUGACGCGAGACUUCUGCAGCGAGGGCUGCGCCAAGAAGUUCCACGACUGGUACUACAAGGCGGCGAGGUGUGACUGCUGUAAGGUGCAGGGGAACCUGACGGAGUCGGUGAUGUGGAGAGCAGAGAUGAAGCAUUUCUGCGACCAGGAGUGUCUGUUGAAGUUCUACUGCCAGCAAAACGAGCCCAUCAUGGUCACACAGAAAGGCCCCGAAAACACCACAUCAGGAUAUGAAAUGCAAGGGGCUAAACUUGGGCUGGUGAAUCAGGGUACUGUGGCGUACGCUGGUGGAGGUGUGAUGAGAGAUGUCAAAAACAAGGCUGUGCUCUGCAAACCGCUCACUCUGACCAAGGCGACCUACUGCAAACCGCACAUGCAGAGCAAACUUUUACAGACAGAUGUAGACGAUGGUGUGAAGAGGGAGUAUAUUCCUGUACCCAUACCUGUGCCUGUCUUCAUCCCCGUGCCCAUGAACAUGUAUUCCCAGGUCACUCCCGCUCCGAUCUCUCUUCCUGUACCGGUUCCUGUGCCUGUGUUCCUGCCCACCACCCUGCAGGGGGCAGAGCAGAUCGUCCAGACCAUCGACGAGCUGAAAAACAAGAUGCCCUCUGACCCUCUGGAGGCCGACUUGAUCUCCAUGGCGGAGAUGAUCGCAGAGGACCAGAAGCCAGACAUGAAGCCGGUGAAGGUGAAGAGGGAGCGUGGAGGAGAGGAGGCCUCCAGCAGCAGCUCUGAGGAAGAGGAGCAGGAGAAGGUGGAGGAGGUGAAGGAGGAAGACGUGAAGGAGGAAGAGGAGGAGGACGCGUACGAGCCCGACAUGGACCUGGAGGCAGACUUUCCUCAAGCGUCAGACCCCGCUCCGGUCCUGGAGGGGAUGGACGAGGACAUGGGCUUCUCUCUACCUCCGGUCCUCGCCGAGGAGAAGGAGGAGCUGGACGAGUCUGCACCUCGACCUCAGCCCAGGAGACAAGGAAAUAUUAGGCAGGCGGUGGAGGAGAGCUCAGAUCUGCCCUCGUCCUCUUCUUCACCUCCUACAGGCUCAGCACGCUCAGAGGGACGGUCGCUGCCUCUCAAAGCUCGAUACGGCAUCAAUGCAUGGAAGCGCUGGGCGCUGUCUCCGCCCGACCGAUCAGAUGACACCAAAGCAAAGGACGGCUCCAAACCAGCUCGGUCUAAGAGUAACUUGUUGUCGCUGAGUUCAGAGGAGCUGAACGUGGCUCUGUCCCAGUUUGUCAGGGAGGUCUGCAGGCCCAGCGGGGAGCGCUACUCUCCAGACAGCAUCCUCUACCUCUGUCUGGGGAUCCAGCAGCAUCUCCACGCCAAAGGCCGGAAGGACGACCUGUUCAGCGACCCGUGCUACCAGCAGUUUGGAGAGGAGCUCAACAAGGUGCUGAAGGACUGGCAGCCCAGCGUGCUUCCCGAUGGCUCGCUGUGGGGUCGAGUGGAGGAGCAGAGCCUGUGGAGCAGCCGGCAGCUCGGCCAGCAGAGUCCGGCCGCUCUGCUGCGCUCUCUGGUUUACCUGAACACCAAAUACUUCGGCCUGCGCACCGUGGAGCAGCACCUCCGCCUCUCCUUCGCCAACGUCUACGGCCCUGACACCGUCCAUCCUGUCACCAAGGAGACCACCGUCUGCAUCCGCGUGCCUUCCAUCUCUCAGGAUCACCACGUGCAAACAGAGUCGAGGAAGAGGAAGCGUACGUUGGAGGACGGCGAUCAGGAUUAUGAACCAGACGACGACUCGGGAGGCUCCACUGUACGCUGUCCGGUAAAGAAGCACGAGUGUAACCUCUACGACCUCUACAGAUCGAAGUGUCCGGCGGUGUUGCGUGAGCGUCUAGACGUCUUCUACGUUCAGCCGGAUCCGGCCUGCGGUCCUGACGACCCGCUGUGGUUCAGCUCCACGCCGCUGGAGCGACAGAUCCUGGAGAGCCUCCUCACCAGAGUCCUCCUGGUCAGGGACGUUUACACAGACAAAGAACACCUGGGGGAAGAUGAGGCGGAGGCGGAGGAGGAGGAGGAGGAGGAGGAGGAGGAGGAGGAGGAUGGGGGUGAAGCAGCUGGGGGAGAGUAGCAGUCACAUUGACUUUUUGUUAGCGGAGCCUGAACGGUUAGAGGAGGAGGAGGAGGAGGAGGAGGAGGAGGAGGAGGAUAGAUCGUAGUGUGUGCUCCUCUCCUGUCUUACCCUCCUCGCUGACUUGCUGUUUCCUCCUGGUGAGGAGCGUCCACAACUGAGAACUUGUAGAGGAUGAUGGAAGUGACGGUGAAGAGCAGCCCAAACUUUAGCUUCUCCUGAUAGAUUCACGAGGAGGAGGAGGAGGUGAAGCUAGAAGAUGAAAUUGUUCAUUUUUCCUCCGGUCGUAAACCAGAAGAGGAGGACAGGCACCAUUAAAGGAGGUGAAGAAGUCAGAUAGAAGUGUUUUGCCAUUAUUAUCAUCAUGUUUUGGUAGAGGAGGUGCUGCUGAAGGAGGAGCGUGUUCAUAGAGCUCAGAUAAGCAGUUUAACAAUAUCUAAACUUUUAACAACACAGAAUCACGCUUAACAAACCAGGAGGCCACAAGGAGACAGGAGUUAUUUUUUUCUACUCUCUAAACUUCACGUCCUCCUCGCCAUCGCUCCGUGGUCGGAAGAGAAAAUCAAGUGCUUUGGGAGUAAAUUUAACAGAAUAAAUAGAGGGAGAAGGAAGAGAAAAAGGGGGAAAGUAGAACUGCUAAAGGAGAAGAAGAGAAGAACAGUGAAGGCUGAUAAUGUGAGAAAAAGCUGCCAGCCGGUUUGUUGAAAUUCCAUCUUUGUUGCAGUCGAUAGUUCAGCCUGUAAAAUAACAGAAACACAGCAGGUAACGUUUUUUUGCACUAAAUUUAGCAGCUGAUCAUGCACCUGUAAGUACUUCUUUAGAUUUCUAUUUGAAAGGAUCAUUAAACACUAAAUAUUCUGCAGCAGUAAAUUCUUGUUGCACUGACUGACUGACAGGUGGAAAGAUUCAGGUUCGACCCAUCAGUACGUACGUUUACACGCACAAAACAGUCAAUAUUCGUGCUGAGCUGUUUACACGGCGAAUGAAAAUUUACAUCACACUAACACUCCUGUUUACGUGCAGCCGUGCACGCUCCGAUUAAUGCGACCUAACGUGCCGUUCAUCACGUCAGAAAAUGUAAAAGAACAGCCGUAGCCGCUUAUCAUUUAGCUUUUUUGCAUCAAAGUAGGAUUUUUCUCGGUUUCCUGCUGGUGGUGGAGCUGUUACUCUUUCAACCACCUUCUUGAAAAGGUUGGUGUUGUGUUAUUUAUGCAUAUCCAAAAACCUGUUGAUAUCCAGUGUUUCAAAAUGUUCAGAAGUAGAUAUGUUUCUCCUUCGGACCAGAAAUGUGGGCUUUUUGCAAACUAAUUGCCAGUUGGUUUUUGCACAAAGUAUCCAUGACAACGCACAGCACCAACCUCAAAAAGACAACGGGGCGUGUGAUGCAACUGCAGCGAAAACCCCAGAUGAGACGCAUAUUCAUAUAUCCAAAAAAAUGCUGUUAAACCCAAAUAAUUGUGCCAUAUCCCACAUGUCUUAAUCAGAAAAUGCAAAACUAAGAAAAAGGCCUAAUUCAGGAUAAUUAAAUGGAAUAUUCUGUUUACACUCGUAUUCUAAAUACUGUCACUCGGAAUAAUACGGGAAUAUUGUGUGCAUGUAACCAUAGUGAUUUUUUUUCACUUCACUCAUGAGGUUUGAAAGUGUUAAAAGCGUUUGAAGCAACAGUGUAAUUUUCUGCAAAUUUUCUCCACUUUUAAAUCCUAAAUUCACAAACCAAAGAAGAUUUAGAGGUGGUGCACACCCGCACAGCUGUUAGUUUGUUAAACAUAAGACAAGUAAUUAUUUUAGCCCGUUUCAUCACCGUGUUUACUUCAUUAUCACAAACAACUGACAAACUGCAGCUUCGCUUUCAAACAGUGUUUAGUUUGUGAUUUGUCUGAUCAAUAUUUGAAUGUGGAGGCUCACGAACACCUUCAAAAACGUGUGGACGGUUGCGUAGGAGGAAAUUGUCUAUAGAUUAUUUUUAAAAAAAAGAUAUUUCCAGCACUUAUCUUAUUACUUGCAGUAAAGGUUUUUUAUUAAUUAAACAACGUUUUUGUUGUCAGACCUUCAUCCGUCACGGAUAAACGUCUGAUGACCGAAAUGUUGUUUUGCAAGUAAUAGAUCAAUGUGCAGGAAUUCUCUCUUUUAUCUCGGAUCAAUAUUAAUCAGACGUCCUUCUCGGGGGCCAAUCAAAGGACGCGUUCAGUAGCACAGGGAUGUUAUGUGACUGCGCCUUAUUUGGGGGAUUAUUGGUAGUUUACUCCUCUUCAAGUACAGAAGCUGAGAAAAGUCGUGCUUGCAAGUCUUUUUUUUUUUUUAAACACCAUUGUUUCAAGAUCAAGAAGCUCAUUUUGUCUUCAUAAUGGGUUAAUCUACACGGAGAAAACAAAAGGCAAUUUUCUCGGUUUAUCACGAGAAAAUAACUUUUUUUCUCUCAGCCGUGAUGAUUAUUAAAAACUCAAAUGAGUGCGUGGUUCCUUUGAUCGCGACUAUCCUUACGCAGAUCUUGAUGCGGCGCUUUUAAACUUUCCUGUUCCGCAGUCGCACCGUAAACGUGACGCUGACGCAGAGCGACGUUGCGAUAUUUGGCCCUGAACAGGCAGCAUUAAAGAGGCUAAUGAGACUGAGACAGCAGUAAACUGACCUGCUUCAAACAGCUGAGAGCAGCAAACACAACCCGGUCAAAUAAGCGACAUCUCCUGUGUGGGUGUGAACUUAUUUUGGCUCGAGUGUUUAGAUAGUCAGCGAUGUAAAAGCGAUGCUCUGCGGUGCUGAUGCUGUCACUAAGUCCAUAAUGGAGGAAUUUAGCCUCAUGGGGUCUCAGUUACAUUUCUUGCUGCAUGAAGAUGGAAUUUCCGACAUUUAGCGCAACAUAAAGCGUCUUCCUGUCAGUCGGGGUGGCGCUCUGGUUUGUGGUAUCACACAUUUCCAUUAUACUGGGCUGCUUUCAUUCCUCCCCAUCAUCCCGCUCACUGCUCCUCCUCUGUCAGCGCCGCUCUCAGACCCGAGCGCACCGCCGAGGACCUGAGGAGUCAGGACUGAUCCAGGACAGUGAAAGGACUUUUCAAACCUCGUGUUACCUCUCGUCACACAGACCCGACUCGCUCUGUGUGGUGCGGGUUAACGGCAACCUGCCGACAUGCUGCGUUUCUUUAUAGGACAUUAGGGGAACCUCCAUUCAUGCGAUGUAGCAUUAUGUGCGUACUAAACCCAGAUUGGGUCGCUUUUGAAGUGUAAAUAUCUCUGAAACAAGGCGGUGAUCGGAGUCGACACAGAGAGGGACACCCACUGACACCUUCAGCUUGAAACCACCCGCCUCCUGAGAAGCCUUUUUAAAAAGACUGAUUAUUUAUUUAUCUUUUUAUUAGUUUGACCGUAUCCUCUUUACGUUGGGAUGGGAUUUUUAUGGGUGUCAUUUCCUUCUUCACCCCUCACUCAUCGAAAACCUGCUGCAGUCCCUCGCCUCUCUCUCGUCCAUUUAAAAAGGGUUAUUUCGUGCGGGAACUUGCAAAACAUGAAGGACAUGGAUUAUUCAGAGCGCAACAGACUAUUUUUGAACAUUUCCUUUCUGCUUUUGUCCCAGUGUUUGGACUUUCCUUCAUUUCUUAGUCUCUUUCAACAUCAGUUUAGUUUAAAAACUGAGCGCUCUUCUUCCAAACUGUUUUAGAGUGCUAGCACUGCGAGGCAAAAGCUUUUAUUGUGACUUGGUUGGACAUUUGAAUUUUUUUUUUUUUUUCGUUAUGAACUUCCACACUAUCCAUUGUUUAUUUCUUUAAAUAUUUUUUUAUUUAUGUGGUUAAAGUCCCAUUUUUUUUACUUUUCAUUUUUUGAGUUUCGUUUGAAUUUUUCUUUCUGAAUGUGUCAAUAAAUUUGGAGAACGUGCCAUCAACUUUAAAAUCAAAUGAAGACUAUUUGAGGAUUUUCUUUUUCUUCCUUGAUCAUUUAUUAACUUUCAUUUAAACACUCUAAAAUAAAAAAAAGCUCAAUUUUACACCCAAACAAAACACAACCAGUGCUAAAAAUAACAGGAACACCCUUCAGGGACCAGAUGCAUAAAACUCUGUGGAUUCAUGACUGAAACUGUGUGAACGCACUAACGCAGAACUGUCUAUAUGCAUCAUUUUCAUCCAGUUUAUAAAGUGAGGACAUUCCCACCGCACACUCGUCCUUCCUAAUUACCAGUUGGCGUGUGGGGAAAAGGCGUAUGCAUGGGUUUUUUUGUGCACACACAUCGUUUAAAAGCAUCCGGCCCCCGAUGUUGUUUGAUCCACCUCUAACCCAACGUCUCAAAUGUCUAAAUCUGGUGAACACAGUCAGGGAAAACACUUCCAUUUCAUCCAAACAUUAAGUGUUUCUCUUAUUUCGUUCACUUGUUUGUGCGUUUAAAGCUUCAGUGUGACAUUUUAGGAGCAAAGGUUUUGUGGAUGUUUCUUUUUUUUUUUUUUUUUUUUGGACAGCGCCGGUCUGGAUCUCUGACACCACAUCAGUGCCACCAGGCCCCAGAAACCUUUAAACUUGACUUACGGAAGUUAACAAAACUGACCCCGGAUCAGAAGACCCGUGUUAGUUAACCUGGCUGAUUUUCCCUGCAGGACUCUGAGGCAGAGACCAAACCCGCCACAUGGUUUGGACCUACAGUAGACGCUGUGGCUGGCUGUAACGCCUAAUGUGAAUGUGCCUAUCUGUAUAUACUGAAAGUGAGUGAUUGUGAGUCUGAUGCUAUGUGUGUGGGCUGAUCUGCUGAUACGGUCGUGUUAAAUAAAUGAUUUCAUUUUCUAA